AUGCACACUUUCGACAACGACACAACACGGAAUAAUUCUGCCGUGGUGUCUCGCCCUCGUCAAAGCAAAUGGCCAGCAAUUUCCAUGGACGAUGCACUCGCAUUCAUCGAAAAAGCUGACGUGCCUGUGACCGUGAAGCACGUUCCAAUCGCGGUAGCUAAAGUUGGUCAGGUUUUGGCUGAACGCAUCGUUGCUAAAGAAAAUGUGCCGGAAGUUCGGACAUCGAUCAAGGACGGCUAUGCCGUACUUGCGAGUGAUCCACCCGGAGAACGGAAAGUUAUUGGCAUAUCAACUGCUGGCGCCCCAUUUAUGGGCACUGUCACCGCGGGAGAAUGUGUUCGGAUUAGCACUGGAGCUGCUGUUCCGGAAGGAGCGGACGCCGUGGCAAUGGUGGAGAACACCACUCUCGUCAAGCAUGAUGGCGUUGAAGAACUUGUCAUUAAAGUAAACACGGCAUUGAAAAUGCCAGGAAGUGACGUCAAGAAAGGCGAUUUAUUAUUGGAUAAGGGAUGUGUGCUUGGAUCGGCGGAAAUUGGCAUUUUGGCUGGAAGCGGCAGACGUUCCGUUCUGAUGUAUAAAAGAUCGAAAGUUUGCGUUAUGUCGACGGGAAAUGAGCUAGCGGAAUGCACUGCUGAAGAGGUUCCUCUCGGCCACAUUCGCGACACCAAUCGCCCGCAAUUGAUUGCGCUGUUUACUUCGCAUGGAAUCAAAGCCAUUGAUGCUGGCAUUGCUGUUGAUAGGAGGGAGUGCCUUAUGGAGGCUAUUCGUGUUUCAUUCCAAUAUGCACACGUCAUUGUCACUUCUGGAGGUGUUAGCAUGGGCGAAAAAGAUUUGUUGAAGGAUGUACUUGUGAAUGAUUUUGGUUUUGAGAUUCAUUUUGGAAGAGUUUGGAUGAAACCUGGUCUUCCAACAACAUUUGCUACAGGUGAAAUAUGUGGAGAUAGAAAGUUUGUGCUAGCUCUACCAGGAAAUCCGGUUUCAAGUUGGGUGGCAGCUCAGUUGUUUGCAGUCCCACUCUUAAAGAAAGCAGCUGGACAUACCAAAAUUUUCCAGCAGGAGAUCAAAGUGAAGCUUGGGGAAUACAUAAAACUGGACGCUCGACCUGAAUAUAUGAGAGCGUGGCUGCAGUAUGAGAGUGAUAUGCCCACUGCGAUUACAACAGGAAAUCAGAUAUCUUCCAGAUUGAUGAGUCUAUCCGGCGCUAACGUUUUGCUGAAAAUUCCGUCUAAGACAGAUGAGCGUACAAACCUCCCAGCUGGAACGAUCGUCAGCGCACUUUGGCUUGGAAAAGAAAAGAGGUUAGUUGAAAUGGCUACUGAGGCGUUGAACAAGGACAUCGAGCGUGUUCAGGAGAAGUUGCGCGAAUUGGAAGGAUCAAUAGCGAAUCUUAGGCCAAGUCGCAGAGAAUAUGAGGGGGGUGGUCCGGGUCUCAAACGUCGCAUUUCCCACGAGGGGUUCGGUAAUGAUCGUUAUUCGAACGGGAGUGGUCGUGUGACAGUAGUGAGCGAUGCAUCGCCAAUGGGCUUCGGUAGACGAAGAAUUGAAAUGGUGCGCAGCGAUGAACGCCCAGGCAAGCGGCAACGUUUGGAUUACGACGAUAUGGAAGACGAAGAUGAUCGUGAUAUCCGUCCAAAAAGGACAUUAGCAUCAACAGUAGUCAUGCCAUCUAUCGAAACGAAGAGCCGCGAGGAGAAAAUCGAGGAAAUGAAUAAAAAUGAAAAGAAAGAAGUUACCACAAGAAACCGUCGUAUGUUCUCGAACCUCCUCAUGGGCACGCUCACUCGUUUUCAGAAAGACGAGAAAAAGAUACAAAAUGUAGAGAAGAUUCAAGCAGACAAGUACAAAGAAGUUGAGAAGCGGCUCGAAGACAAGAAGCGCGAAGACCGCGAAAAGAUUAUGGCUGAACGUCAAAAAUUAUUCGAUGAGCGUCGUGAACAGGAAAAAGAGUUGCGCGCACUGCAGCGUAAAAAGGCACUUAUUCAAUAUGCAGAAGCAAAGAAGGAGCAUUACAAGCUGCUGCGCAACUUUAUCCAGACACAAACAAAACCUACAUUAUUCUUUGCGCCAGCAAAACAUUCGAUGCGCUCGCUCGAACUGCUAAAAGCUUCCGAAAAGGCCAUUGAUGGUCUUAUGGAACUGCGGCAGAAAGAGCUUGAGCGUGAGCUGGAGAACAAUGUUGACGAUGAACAUCACGAGCAAAACACCGCCGAAUCCAACGAUACGGAGGCUGGCAAUUCCAAAGAAGCCACAGUAUCGAUUAGGAGGAAUCGUGAUCGCAGCUAUUCACGUAGCGGCGACGAGGACGAUCGUGAAAAGAGUCCAGAACAGCCGGAAGCCAAAGAAACGAGCGCCGCACAUGAGGAGGUGCACGAGAACAACGACGUGGACGAAGCCAUGGGCGAAGAGGAGAGAAUCCAGCCAGACGAGGAGCCAAUGGAGAAGGACGAUUAGGUAAUAGGGUGAGUUCUAGUAUUCAGUCGUUUCGACAGAUAUCUUUCUUCGUCGUUCUGGGUACUCGCUGGGAGCAGUCGCGGUAUUACCGCGUGAUCUCAGCCACUUUUUCCACAUGCUUCCAAAAAUUUUUGCUAUUUUCAUAACGUCUUUUGCGCGCUUUUGAUCAUUACCAUCACUGGUCUAAAUUGAAUCUAAACAACAUAUGUUUUGCUGUAUAUGAAGAAUAGAGCAUUUUGCGCGUUCGAAUUGAAUGAAGUCAUUGUGUAUGAGAUUUCGUUUUUUUUUUGAAGAAGUUCUUCCUUUUGUAUAGCC